CAGGGUGCGCUGCGGCGCAGCGCGGAUCCCGCCGCCAUGGCGGCUUUCCCCCGCCACCGCCGCUUUCUGGGCGGCUUCGUCUGCGGGGCCGCGGCGGGAGCUGCUGUGUCGUGCUGGACUGCUUGGAGGCUCCUCCGCAGCCAGAGUCAGCUGGAAACGGUCCCCGAGCGAGCCCUACUGGAGGAACCUGUAGAAGAGCCUCUGCUGGAAAAAUAUGGAUUCCCUGAAGCUGGAACAGAGACAAGAUGUUACACAAAUCAUGCGCUGUCUUAUGAUCAGGCGAAACGGGUGCCUAGAUGGGUGAUUGAACAUAUUUCAAAACAGAAGACCCUAGGCAAUGCAGACCGAAAACACUGUAAAUUCAGACCAGAUCCGAACAUCCCUCUAAUGUUUAGUGCUGUCAAUGAAGACUACCUUGGGAGUGGAUGGUCUCGAGGACACAUGGCACCAGCAGGAGAUAACAAAUUUUCAACAAGAGCUAUGGCUGAAACUUUUUAUCUGUCUAACAUUGUGCCUCAGAAUUAUGAAAAUAAUGCUGGAUUUUGGAACAGAAUGGAAAUGUAUUGUCGGGAGUUGACUGAGAGAUUUGAGGAUGUUUGGAUAGUUUCUGGACCUCUGACCUUACCUCAAACGAAUAAUGAUGGAAAGAAGACUGUUACUUAUCAGGUAAUUGGAAAGGAUGAUGUAGCUGUGCCAUCCCAUCUCUACAAGGUCAUCCUUGCCAGGCGGAGCAGGACAUCUACAGAGCCCUUGGUACUGGGGGCUUUUGUGGUGCCAAACGAUCCCAUAGGCUUCAGCCACCAGCUGACCGAGUUCCAAGUAAAUAUUGAAGAUCUGGAAAAAAUGUCAGGUUUAGUUUUCUUCCCCCAGGUGGACAGGACCAAAGAUGUAAAAAACAUCUGUGAGGUGGAUAGCUGUAAACUGAUGGGCUUCAAGGAAUUUACCUUGUACAUCACUGCUCGAAAAGUGCAGGGUGCCCGCACCUUGCACCGCUUGGAGAAAGCCAUGUCAGAGCUACAGGAGGCAGGAAUUGAGCCGGAUGAGUAUCUUCUGAAGCUUUACAAGAAAAAGGAAGAAGAACUCAUGCAGGAAAAACAAGUAGCAGCUAGAGAGGGGAAAGCUGGCUGAGGACUUGUUCAGGGAGAUGCUUGAGGUUUUGUACUCUGAAAGGGAAGCUGACGGCAAACACAAAC